GGACAGCCCAGGCUCCUCCCUCUCCUAACGUCACCCGAUCCCGAUCUCUCCCAGGCUUGAGCGAUUGUCGGGAACACAGUGUGGAAGCGGAGCAGCAGGGCGGUGCGCUUCGCUGCAUGUGGUUUCAUCCAAAAACAAAGAACGCUUCUAGACUGAUCUGUCCGGGACUGACCGUGGCUGCACAAAGCCACAACUUGUGGAAGUAAAACAAAAAAAGAAAAACAAAAAAGGGUUGGGGGGGACGCAGCCAGCAGAUUGUUUGGUGCGGUAUCAGCCGCGGACGGAAGAAAAGGCGACGGUUGUCCGGAGGAACUCUCCAAGUGUUGGAAACUUAACGGGCGCAGCAUCGAUCACGGACCUCCCGCCCACUAUUCCCCCUGAUCCACGGCGCCGGAGGGGAGAGGGAGAGAGUGAGAGAGCGAGAGAGAGAAAGAGAGUUGUGCAGCCGCGGCGGUGGAUGGAGCGACAAAGGAGUGUACGGUUAAACUAGGAGCGCGCCUUUGAAACCAACUCCAUCACCAAACGCAGCCUGCCUGGACCUCAUUUCGGGGUGGGGGGACGCAUUCCCGGUUACUUUGCUCAAAGUCUCCCACCGGCGACAUAAAUUGAUGCUUUGGCACGGAGGAGCGCACCGCCGAUCUUCGAGUUUUGCGCAAGUGUCCUGCAGCUCAGUGAAGGAAGCGGACUAGUUCAUUCACGCAGGUUGGCAGAGAAGAGCCGGAUAGUUGGCGGUGCCAUGGCGAUGCGCGCGGAGAUAUGGAUACUCGUGUUGGCUGUGCACAUUCAAGCUGGCGGUGGACAGAUGGUACAGAUGGACUCCAGUAAGUCUGGCUUUGUGGGUUCACAAGUGGAACUGCGUUGCAUUUUUAUCAACAGUAACCCACCAGUCAAGAUUUCUCAAGUCACCUGGCAGAAGUUGAAUAACGGUACCAAACAGAAUGUGGCCAUAGCUAACCCUGCCCUCGGUGUGUCAGUGCUGCCAGACUUCAGGGCACGGGUGAGCUUUAAGCAGGCAGCAGUUCGCCACCGCACGCCCUCUCUUGAGGACACGAGCAUUGUGUUCUCCAACCUACAGCUGUCUGACGAAGCUGCAUACAUCUGCGAGUACACCACAUUUCCUCUGGGCAACCGUGAGAAUAUGGUCAACCUCACUGUGUUUGCUCGGCCAGUCACGCGUAUGACCUUGAUCACGCCGAGUAUCGUGGCGAGGCCUCAGAAACGCAAGAUGACAGUUGCCACUUGCACAUCAGCCAAUGGGAAGCCUCCAAGUGUGAUCAAAUGGGAUACCAGGUUGAAGGGUGAAGCCACUUUCCAGGAGACCCAAAACCAGAAUGGAACCGUAACCAUACGGAGCAACUACAUGGUGAUACCGAGCCGAGAGACGCACAAGCAGAAGCUCACGUGCAUCGUGACCUACCGCAGUGAAACGUUCACAGACAGCGUGGAGCUCAGUGUGCAGUAUGAACCAGACGUGAAGAUCGAGGGAUUUGAUGGAAACUGGUACCUAAACCGUCAGAAUGUCCAGCUGACCUGCAGGGCUGACGCUAACCCCCCUGCCACCAUCUACCAGUGGAAACUUUUGAAUGGCUCCCUGCCCAGUAACGUGGAGAUUAAGAACAACACCCUCUUCUUUAAGGGACCGGUGUCCUACGACCUGGCCGGCACGUACGUCUGUGACGCCACAAACAGCAUCGGGACUCGCACCGGAGUCGUGGAUGUCAACAUCACAGAAAAACCAAUGCCGCAGGGUCCCCCAGGUGGUGUUAUUGGGAUCCUUGGAGGUGUUGUUGCCAUUGGACUUAUCGUUGGUGUAGCUGUUACUGUUUUCAUGGUUCAUCGGCGGCAGCAGAAGACCCGCACUGAGACAGAUAAUGACCUGACUGACCUCCCACCUGCCCACAAACCAGCCCCACCCCCGCCUAAGAAGAAGAACAGUGACAUGAAGGGACACUUGACAUCAGAUGACAUCCAGGUGGUUCAUCUCGACAAGGAGGAGGAAAUACAGAAGCUUCCUCUUCAGCCUCCUUAUUACGACAUGGCGCCCUCUGAGUCAACCCCCUUCACUGAUAAGAUGGACUCUGGGAGGAGUGCAGAAGAGCUACUGAACCCAGCUGAAUACAUGAACUACCAAGGCGUCUGCAACAUGGAACAUUUUCCCAAGUCCCAGCCUGCUCCAACCCACCCACAUGUCACCUUCUUGCCUCAGCACCCCUACACCCAGCACUCAUCUGAGGAACCGAUGUACUCCAACACCAGCUACGCCACCCCCGGCCCUCGUGCUGGGUUCUCAUUCCCCAAGGAGCAAUCAGUGUGACAUGCCACAUGCAUCUUUGCUGUACAACAAGCAACAUGAUAGUGCCAUGAUGCUUCAGCAAAAAAAAAUAAAAUAAAAAAUAAAGCUGUGCUGAAACUAUGUGUAUCCAUCCCCACCUUGCAUCUGUUUGUUCCAUAAGCUUAAAACGUGUAGGUGCUCCCUGCCAUGAUGAAAGUGUGCAGAAUUUGUGGCCCUCUGUCUUGUGUAUUAGGCACUGUUUGUUCUACAGAGGCUGUCUGUAAACUUUGUGAUGUUAGAAUAGUCAACACCAGAA